AUGGAAUCUACACAUAAACAAGGUGGGAGCAACGAAUACUGUCAUGGUCUUGUCACUCCCCAAAUUAUGUUUACUGCCAACACCAAUUUCCCGACGGAAGGAAUUGUCGCGGCUGACAACGACAACGAAAACGACUCUCCGAAAGGACUAGUUGAUGCAUCCAGCAAACUAAUCCACGAGGACGACCGAAUGUGUGAAUACUUGCUUGCCUCGGGAGGACAAUCCGUCUUGAUUAUGGCAAUCACAAAGCGGAGUGACAUCAAGGAAAUCCACGGAAAACUGACCUCCUGCAUGGCUUCAUGUUGCCGUCGGGCACAAAAGAACAGCAAGAAUGAUAUCCUGGCUUCCCUUUCAAGCGAAGGGAUGGCUCAUGGCUGA